AUGACCCUCGCACGCGGCGGCGAUGGCGCUCGACGUAUUGGCGACCCCAUCAAGCUUCCCCGCCUGCCGUCCAAUACAUCCUCAUUUCCAUCACGCGAAGAGCGCGUACAGCUCCAAGCCAUCGCAGAGCAGUCGCGGCGAUUCUUGAGGCGGCUCGCGUACUCGUUGCCAUCAACCAAGCCCACAUGGGAUCGUCUUGACGCGGACAACAACAUGGAGCUGUACCAGAUCAGGGACAAGAGCAGCGGGGACGAUUUGAUCAACGUAUGUGGCGUCGCAAGCAUCUAUGGGACGCUGGCUGAAGUCGCAGACGCCCUCGUCAUUCCACAGAUUGUGCCCGACCCCGAGCGACGAGGCCCUACAACGUUCGUGGAUGACUUGCUUGGGAGCCAGACACUGCUUCGCGUUGAUGGCGAGACGUCCAUCAAGUGGAUGGCAGUUCAAUGCGUGGACGGGAUGGUCCACCGUGACUUCGUUGUGCUGCAUUCCCGCGAACGCUUCCAAGACAUUGAAACUCGAGGUGUUGUGAUAGCGCUGCACUCGCUCGACUAUCCAGGCGCCCCACCAUCCUUUGAGACGUCGAUCCACUCGGCAUACCGCUUCGUUCGUGGCGGGAUCUACCGCUCGGGCUUUGUCCUGCUCGAAAACUCGUCGACGCCAGGAAUCAUUGACGUUGUGUCUGUCUUCAAGGUCGAUUUCAAGGGCGGCGACGUGCGUGGCGCGAACAAACUCCACCGAGCGACCGUAUCGUCGUGGCUGCACUGGAUGGGCGAACUGAACAAAUUUCUCCUCUGCGAAAAGUUGCGGCGCGUUGGAGCUCCUCGUCUGCGCCGUGGCGGUGCCCAGACACCGCUCGCGUCGACCAAGGCCAGGCGGCAAUGCGAGUCGUGCGAUGCCCCAUUCAAGUUCCAGUUUCGACCGCUGACACCGAAGAACCGGCGCCAGUGCAUGAUGUGCAGCGCCGUGCUGUGCAAUGCGUGCACGGUUGAGUACACCGAGUCGGCCGUCACCCCCACGUCAGUCUUUUGUAUCGCUUGUAUCGUUAAAUGGAAUCCCGAUGGCCCCACGAUCAAGUUCAUCCAGCCUCCGUCCACAACGAUCGGGUCUCCUGCCACAUCGUCGACACCGCAGAUUCACCUGCGGUCCCAAGUCCACCAACGCUUUGCAGCCCCAGGGAUCUCUGCGUCGCCGACCCCAGUCGCCGCGGCGACUCGACACACGGACGCGCACAGCCACUCCCACGGGAGCUUUGACACAAGCAUCCCCAUCCUCGGGGACGAAGAUGGAGACAUUGCGGACUUCACACCACCGCAACAUCCCAUGGAGCCCCUUGCUGGCAGCGACACCGAUCUACAUCGACUCGAACUCGUAGUCCAAGACCAUUCAACCAGCCAGCCCCGCAAACAACAGCCCCCCGCUGCCACCUCCGCCACAGCAGAUGUCCAUCUUCUGGACGGCACGCUGCCACGUCACACAGCCGUGUUUGACCGCAGCGUGCUUCGCGACGUCGACGAGUCUGCCGCCGACAAUGCAGGCAUGGCUCACGACCCCGUUCGCCGCUUGGAGACUCUGCGACGGGAUAUGCACGGCGCGGUCAGCGACAUCGUGCGGGAGUCGAGUCGGGGCAAUGCUGCGGCGGUCAAGGUCGCCCUCGAACGCCGCAAAGAACUCAAGGAACAGAUCAAGCAAUUGCAAGACUUGUUAACGGCACAGGGCGUAUCGAUCGUGAGGGGUUCGAACGUGCGGCGGUCGUCUGAAGGCCGCGUUUCACUGCACGACGAUCUGCGCGCGUCGCAGGUGGAGGUCCUGGCGCGUCGAUCCAAGACUCGCGAGAGCGUCGGUUCAUUCUUCUCGAAAGAAUCCCUGGACAAUCUCAACCCGAACGACAUUGCCGCGCUACAAGCCAAGAUGGACAGCCUCUUGGUAUCGACUCCAUCCUCCAGCGACGAGUGCCGGGACAACAACACUGCGGAAUGA